AUGACAAGUUUCCUAAAAAGACAUUCAAGUUUAUCACAAAGAUUUGCGACCAACAUUAAACGCAACAGAGCAGCCAUUGACAAGGAAACCAUCACUGCCUACUUAGAAAACUUGAAAGAGGUGGUUAGAGACAUACCGCCCGAAAAUUUAUGGAAUUUUGAUGAGACUAAUUUAUCCGACGACCCUGGUCAAAAAAAAGUAAUAGCGAAGCGAGGUGCAAAAUACCCUGAACUUAUAAGUAAUACCUCCAAAAGCUCAACUUCUAUCAUGUUUUGUGGUAGUGCUAAGGGAGAAUUAUUACCGCCGUAUGUUGUCUAUAAAUCUAAGCAACUAUGGAAUACAUGCCAAAAGAUGACAGAUUUAACAAUAGCCCAUCAGAGUCUUGAAGCUAAGAGGCUAGAAUGGACGACAAAUGGAACUACAAGAGGACGUCGCAGGAAACUACACAUCACUUCUGGAAAAAGUGUAACUGAAGAAUUACGCACACUUUUGGAUGAUAAAGAAAAUGAAGAGUUGGCUCAACCGUCAACUUCAAAGCUACCAUGUCGCCGCAGAGAAAGUAGCGAAAGCUCUUACGCAGAAAGUAUCGACAUGUCAAUUCAUUAUUCUUCUGAUCUAGGUUCUCUUGGAGAUUUAGAAAAUCUUGAAGCUAACACUGAUACAGCGGCCGAAACUUGUAAUGAAAAUUGCAAUUUCAAACCAAUUGUGAAGGCGGUCGGUUUUUACUCUCAGAAGGUUUUGAUGGCCUUAUAUGAGAAAAAUAUUGAUUUUGUACCAUUAAUAGUCGACAUUACCAGAGGAGAACAGUAUUCUUCUUGGUUUUUGGAAUUAAACCAACGUGGUGAAAUUCCAGUUCUCAAAAUUCAUAGUGAAAUUAUACCAGAUUCCACUAGAAUUAUUGAUUACUUAGAAUACUAUGUAGAUUCGGCAUUAACACCACUAAUAAAUGUAUCAAGAGAUAGUAAAGUAAUUCAAAACAUCAAUAGGUUCCGUGAUCUUCUUGAGGCAUUACCAGCUGGUGUUAUAACAGUUGGUUCAUUUUUUCACCCUCACUUGUGUGGACGACCAAAACUGCCAUUUAUUUACCCUGUUAGGGAAGUGUUAAAAAGUGGAGAUUUGGUUAGUUUCAAAAAUAUGAGAAAAAUAGCAGAAGCAAAUCCUAAAGCAAAAAGUAUUUUGUUAUAUAAAGCUGAAAUUCAAGAAAGGAAACAUGAAAUUUUAAUAAACGAAGAGGAAUAUAAGAAAGUUUUGAAUAUAGUUGAUUCAGUACUCACUCAAGUGGAAGAACAGUUAAAAGACCAGAGUGAAGAAAAUUGGUUGUGUUGUGAAAAUUUUAGUAUUGCUGAUAUUAAUUUGGCUAUAUUACUCCAGCGUCUAUGGGAACUUGGACUAGAAGGAAGAUUUUGGACAAAUGGCAAAAGGCCUUAUAUAGAAAAUUAUUUCAGUCGUGUAAAACUUCGUGAUUCUUUCAUUAAAACUAUUCCUGGUCUACAUGUUCACUUGAAAAUGAUAAUAACGUCACAACCUCCCACUUAUAUAGCAGCAGCUGGUGUUGUAUCUGUAGGAGUUGUCAUUGCUAUUGCCUAUAUAUUAAAAAAACUCAUAUAA